AUGGCGAUUAUUAAGUUGUGUAAUUCAUGGAAUAUAGUUUUUGUUUUACUACAAUUUAAUAAAUAUUUUAAAAUGGGUUCUAAAAUUGAGUACGUUGAAUCUUCUCAUGUUUAUGUGACUAAUUAUGUAAGAAAUUUUAAAGCUGUAGGUGUGUUAUGGGGAAUCUUUACAAUAUGUUACGCUAUUAUUAUUAUUGUGUCUUUUGUAACACCCGAAUGGAUUGGUGAUACAUCGACUUCUGAAAAUCCCGGACGAUUUGGUUUAUGGACUAGAUGUUUUUAUCGGGGAAGCAGUGAAUUAAAUGGUAUAGGUGUUGAGGAAUGUGUAGGUCAACUGGAUGACUUUGGGUCAAUUGUUACCGUUGGUUUUAAGGCGGCUACUAUUUUAGUUGCUAUAUCCGUUGUCGUUGCGUUGCUUACAAUUUGUGCUAUGAUAUUGCUUUUCUUUUUCCCUUCAACUAAGGUAUUUUUAAUUUGUGGCUGGAUGCAACUAAUGUCAGCUGCAUUUUUAACUCUUGGAGUUUUGAUUUAUCCCACCGGAUGGAAUUCAUCUGAAGUUCGUCAAAUAUGUGGUCCCAACGCAUCCAGUUAUGAAUUGGGUGAAUGUGGAAUUCGUUGGUCUUAUUUAUUAGCUGGAAUUGGAUGUUUUGAUGCUUUAAUUUUGGCCACUCUAGCUUUCAUCCUUGCAACAAAACAUGUCAAACUUCAACCUGAACAAGGACAUUUACAAAAUGGUCAAAUGUAUAAAGAGGAUUUAAAUGGACCUUAUCUUUGCGAUGGACAAUCCUUGGCAGGAUCCAGAAAAUCCCUCAAUAUUCAUCCUGUUCUUAUGAUGCCCCAACCGGGUGAUAUGGAUCAUUAUUCAGAAUUUUCCAACAGGACAACGGGAAGAACAAAAUCAUCAGCUUACAGAAGCGGUUACCCAUCGAGUAUACAAAAUUUUCAGUUAUAAAAUAAUUUGAUAUCGUAAACUCAGUUAACUGUACUAUUAUUUACUUUUGUAAUUUAAUUUCAAACAUUGAUAAACAAUGUUUUUUUUUUUUCUACCUAAGAUUUUACAGUCAUCAUGUGCAUUU